UUAACUAACUUUACUUCAUAAAGUCGAGUGAAGCUGCUGAAUAAUGUGACGCUAGCAUAUUGAAUUGUAUUUUGGAGUUUCAUGACAUUUCAGGAUCCUAGCAUUUGCGUCACAAAGAGAUGCCCGAUAGUGUCUUAAUUGAAUUAGUUAAACCACCCCUAAUUAAAAGCUAUCCGCAUGAUCACCUUCUGUCAGCAGAGUGUACAGAACAGUACAGAAUGUACACGUCAUUGCAAAUUAUUAAUCACAAUUUAAUGUGGAAAGGAAACCCAUUUGAUUCCUAAUUCUCUGGGAGAAAGCUCAGGUAGGGCGAUGUCGUCAGGAGAGGGUUUGGGUAGCUGUUUCUCUCUAGCACUGACGAGUGCCUGUCUUAUAUAUCUUACCUAACUGCAGGUGUGUGAAGGGGAACUUUGUGAAAUCUGUUCACACUCUGUUUUCCGAGCAAUAGCGUUGCUCUAGACACCGAACAUCCAUCUCUUCUGCAUGAGGUCAUAUGUACCCCACUUUAUCAAUCCCAUGUUCCCCUGCACUCUCCAUUCAUGACUGUGAAGUGUGACAUACAGUAUGUAAAUAUGACCACUUAGCCUCUACUACAUCCCUACACACAGGAAUUCAUCCCCAGUGGUCAACUGCAGUCAACUACAGUCAACUACAUUCAACUACAGUCAACUACAGUCAACUACAGUCAACUGCAGCAUGCUGAAAUGCUGGAAGAAAAUGCAGAGCCUGGUUGUCGGUACUGCCUCCUCUGUAUGGUUUAUUAUCACGCUAGGUGUGUACACGCAAUGUGAAGACGUGUAUAAAUCAAUCUUUGACAGUUUUGAUAAGAUAAUAUAUACAGCACACUAUAUAAACACUAUAGAUAGCGUCAAACAAGUAAAUGCAUCGUUGGUUUGUUUAUCUCUGAAUUUAAGCCGAAGUGCUGUUGUCCAGCAAUGAUGUUCAGUUUGAGAGCAUUCCAGCCACAGUUCCAGGUACUUCCCAUACUGUAUUGGGGCUGCCAAGCUUCACUUAACAAUUUAACUGAAUCACAGAGAGAUUAACCCCUGAAUCCUCUCAUGAAUCCAGUCGUGUUGUUAAUUUGCUCCGUGGUGAGUUUUGAAGUAUUUCUGGAGCUGCUGUGCUCUCUUCAGUCUCCUAAAGCCCUUGCUCUGUGUUUCUGCCCCAGCUCCGAGGCGCGCUGAGAGAGAUGCACGUGGUGACGGCCAGGUGCCGCGGGCAGGGCUCCUCCCAGCGCAUGGAGCUCGCGGAGAGGAGGAACAAGCAUGCCGAGCUGAGGCUGGGCUGCAGCCUGAGCUCCCUGGAGCAGCACUGCGGGAGACAGCUCGCCCUGCUGCAGGAGGAGGGAAGGCAGCUGAGGCUGGAGAUGCUGCAGAUACGCACGGAGAAGACCCCCUCUUUGGAGAAUCUCGAUGUGGAAUUCCCUCCCGACUUUCCCAAACCUCAGCUCUUCCGAAAACGCCUCUCUCUCCCGUCCCUGCAGCUGGCUCCUCCACUGAGCUCCAGAGCAGACUUUCUGGCUAGGCGGAGAUCCUUGACUGCUGUCCCAGAGGACUUCCAAAAGAGGAUCAGCAGCUUCCUGUCCGACCUGGACCUCCUGAAGGGGGGCGUGUCUGAGGAGUGUGUCGCCGUGGCCACGGAGGAGGGGGCGGGGCAGGAGCAGGCAGAGGCUGCAGGAGAGGAGAGGAGAGGGAGGGGGAGGAGAGACUGGGCAGCCGUGCCCUUGGAAGAGGCCCUGAGAGAGGUGCGAAGAUGCAGGUACCUCCGUCACAGAGAGAGACCCGACUGGGAGAGGGAGCUGGGGCUGGAGGAGAUCUUCUGCAAGGAGGAGGGGAGGUCGGCUGGGGGGAGUAGACUGCUCUGCAACAUGACUAACCUGUCAAAUUGAAUCUCUGACAGGCAUUGUGGAAUAUAUGAAAGCUGCAUCUCCCUGUUUGUCGUGAUGGACAAAACUGAGACGCCUUGAAAAAGGGCUUAAUAUCAGUGUUCUGUACAUCUGUUUUAAUUAGAUAUUUACUCACAUUUUCCACAUUUUGUCACCCAUAGCACUGAACUGAGACAAAGUAAAAGAAACUUUUUUACAUUCUAUGGCAAACAAGUCUUUUUCAAUGUCUUUAAAUGUUUGAAUGUGUUCAAUAAACAUCCAAUUGUGUUAAUUCAAUAUUUGUGGAAUAGUGGCUGAGCCGAGCUGUCAGUGUAAAUCCACAUCACAAAGAUCAGCACAAUGUAUUUAAAAAUAGUUCUGUGGGACUGUGAGAAGCUGUUAAACACAAUGAGAACAUUUACAAACAAGCGGAGGCUGUUCAGCCCGUCAGCGCUCGUUCGCUUCCUACUAGCUGAUUGAUCUCAAA